AUGAGAUCGGUGCGACGAGAGUUUCUGUUACCUGGAGGUGGUCACAAAAGAAGAAGGUGGAGUGGACUGGUUGUUCCGAUGGACAAUCAAAGAAGGAAAAACCGGGGGAAGGGGGUCCAGGUCAUGGUGGAUGGAGGCAAGGAACAACAGGUUUGGGUACCGCUGGUUUCUCGAUUUAGGGGUUUAAGGUCGCGGAAGUGGCCGGUAGUUUUCCGAUUUUGUGGCGAUGGUCUUCCGACGAAAACCUAUUGCCGACAAAAGCUAGUUCUCUGUUUCGUUUCUUCUAUAACAUCAACCAACAACGGUCUCGAAGGCACUGACGAUGGAUCUGAAACAUGGGGAUAUGUUGAAGUUCGCCCUCGAGCGCAUAUGUUUUGGUGGUUGUAUUGGAGUCCUAAUAGAGUCGACGAUCCAUCCAAACCAUGGCCUACGAUUCUAUGGCUUCAAGGAGGCCCUGGCGGUUCUGGAGUUGGCUUCGGAAAUUUUGGUGAAAUUGGGCCACUGGAUGUCAACUUGAAGCCACGAAACUCGACAUGGCUUCAGAAGGCAGAUAUAUUGUUUGUGGAUAGCCCAGUCGGGACUGGAUUCAGUUACGUAGAAGAUGACAACUUGUUUGUCACAACCGACAUUGAAGCAGCAACAGAUUUAACUACAUUGUUGAAGACGAUCUACAACAUAAGCCCAAGUCGUCAAAAGAGUCCGGUUUACAUUUUUGCAGAAUCUUAUGGAGGGAAAUUUGCAGUUACCGUUGGACUUUCCAUUUUACAAGCUAUCGAAAAGGGGGAACUCAAGCUUCAACUUGGAGGCGUUGCUUUGGGCGAUAGCUGGAUCUCUCCUGAAGAUUUUGUGCUUUCAUGGGGUCCGUUACUCAAAGAUGUGUCGAGGAUGGAUGACGUUGGUUUGAACAAAUCGAAUAGUUUAGCUCUAAACAUUCAGCAGCAGCUAGCAGACGGACAGUAUGAAGCUGCAACCGGUACAUGGUCCAAACUUGAGGACGUUAUAUCCGCUAGCAGCAACGAUGUGGAUUUCUACAACUUCAUGUUGGACGAUGGAAACGAUCCAUUUGUUAUGAAAACAAAAGCAUGGGGACGAUUAGGAAAACAACGUCAUGCCAAAGCCGACGACGCAGUUGACCUUGAUUCCGUCAUGAAUGGUCCGAUCAGACAAAAGCUCAAGAUUAUUCCCGCAAAUGUUACGUGGGGAGGGCAAGCUCGCAGUGUGUUUUCAGCCAUGGAAGGCGACUUCAUGAGGCCAAGAAUUGCAGAGGUUGAUGAGCUUUUGUCGAAGGACGUAAAUGUGACGGUAUACAACGGUCAGAUCGACCUAAUAUGUGCAACCAAGGGGACAGAAGCAUGGAUCAACAAACUCAAGUGGGAUGGUUUAUCGGCGUACUUGAACUUAGACCGGACUCCGUUGUACUGUGGCAAGGAUGACACGGUGACAAAAGGAUUCAUUAAGUCAUAUAAGAACUUUGCUUUCUAUUGGAUUCUUGGAGCUGGACAUUUUGUUCCCGUGGAUCAACCUUGUGUUUCUCUACAAAUGGUGGGAAGCGUCGUGAAUACACCUAACGCAUGA